CUUCCCAAAAAUUAUCCAUCAACGCCGCCGACUCUCCUCCGGCGAGCUGGCACACAUCACUCGCAAUGGCAAAGCGGAAAUCGCAGAAAGACCCGGAGGACCUUCCCGAUGCGCCGGAAGGCAAGGGCAAGAGGAAGAAUGAGGAUUCCGACAGCGACGAGGACAUGGACCUCGUAAACGUCGACUUUGAAUGGUUUGACCCCCAGCCCGCAGUCGACUUCCACGGCCUGAAGACGCUCCUGCGCCAACUCCUCGACGUCGACGCGCAGCUCUUCAAUCUGUCCGAACUCGCGGACCUCAUCCUCUCGCAGCCGCUGCUCGGAAGCACUGUGAAAGUAGACGGCAACGAAUCCGAUCCGUACGCCUUCCUGACCGUGCUGAAUCUCACCACGCAUAAAGAGAAGCAGGUCAUCAAAGACCUGACCGCAUACCUUACCCGCCACUGCGCCGCGCCCUCGUUCUCCGCCUUAAAACCCCUCCUCGAGGACUCCUCGCCCGCGCAGAUCGGCCUCGUCCUCACCGAGCGCUUCAUCAACAUGCCCCACGAGAUCGUGCCGCCCAUGUACACCAUGCUGCUUGAGGAGAUCCAGUGGGCACUCGAAGAAAAGGAACCCUACGCUUUCACACACUACCUCGUCCUCUCGAAAACCUACGCCGAGGUGGUAUCUACAUUACCGUCUUCGGAUCAGCCACCCAGUAAAAAGAAAAAAGGAGGAAAGGAAUUCGGGGGAGAGACGUUCUACUUUCAUCCUGAGGAUGAGAUAUUACACAAGUAUGCGCGGGGAUGGGGAAGCUUUGAGUACGAGACGCCGGUGGAUGAGGGAGCUAGUGACAGUAAGAGGGCGUUCCAGGAGUUGGGGGUGAAGCCGAUGGGGCAUCUGAUUCUGAUCGAGGCGGAUAAGUUCGCUGGCGCAGUGGAUGCGGUGAAGACGUUCUUGAACGGCGGGUAGUGGGCUCCUCCACUAUUUGUGGAUCGAAUGGGGCGGAAUUCCAGAGAGCCAUCCAGAACUUCGACCGAGAAACGGGACCAAGAAUAGAUACCCUAGCGCGUGUAGCUGGAGAUGGGGUUGCAGGGCUGGUUGGAGGGAUAGAUGCCAAAAAAGGGCAUGCCCUGGCUAUAGUCAUUAGCGAGCCUUCAGAGAAGGAUUGCAAGACUCUAACUUAGAGGUACAUUCCUACUGCACACAAGCCG